UUUUGUAGUAUUUGCGUGCGUUCAGUAGACCGGAGCCGACGAGCAAAAGAAAGGAGCGGGAGACUUAACGACAAGAGUACACUAAGUUGUGAAUAUAGACGACAGACUAUUGUGAUGUCAUGCCCACCGGUCAAAGAGCUACUGGACCUCUGGCCAGCUCUUCAUAUGCAGUCUGAGGUGUAUGCAGAGUUCCAAAGGAUAACAAACCAGAACCUCCCAAACACUUUCUAUGCCCAGCUUGAUCGGCACACUCCUCGCUUGAUGGCUUUAUUCAGGCAGAAAGCUUCCAAAACUGGAAAGACUGCUGAUGCUUUGGCUUACAUUUUCAAAGUCCAUGAUGCACAGGAAAUACAUGAUGUCCACACGAGACGGACCACUGUUCUCCAUGCCCUUCCUGUUUAUCUACGUGAGGUAGUUUCUGAAUUCUUCAGAUCAUGUGUGGACGGUAUGGAUGAACCAGACCUGGGGGAUGCAUCAGUGGCCCUACUUACAGCUGUCAGUGACGAUGCCGCAAGUCCAGUUCACUACCACCCAGUGAGAGUUUCUGUCGUCCUAGAGGGGGAUGUGGUUGUUGACCUUCCCAGGCUUGCUGAUGCCUUCCUGGUAAUAUUUGGACUGAUUUAUGCUCUACACCUCAGCUAUCCCAAGGGACUCACCAACACUUUUGAGUUCACACAGAAAAUCUUGCUUGGUCUUGAUGACUCUAAACUAUCACCUAAGCUGCAGACUCUUAAAAAUGACUUGAUGUUAUAUGUGUAACUCAAGACCCAUAAAGUAGUGGUGGAUUCUGAUAGCUCACUCUGUUAGAGCAUAGUCCACAGUCGCCAGGUCCAUGUUUGUUCAUUGUUAAUGUUAAAGUUCUGUUCUACUCAACUGGUUUUCAGCCAAAUGGCAUAAAGUUGACGCUGCCUGUACUUAAAUUUUGUUUUUAACUAAUACAGGAGUGUAUUAAGUGUUUAUACAUAUACAGUAUAUUCUUAAUCUUUCUUGAAGUUGCUAUAAAUAAACCAGAUACAGUUUUGAAUUUUUUGCAUAUUUGGUUGUGAAGAAUUUAUAAGCAAUUUGUUAUACAUUGCUGCACUGCAGGUUUACAACCAGAUGGCCAAAGGUGUGCCUUAACAAAUGUUUCUUAUGUCUGUAUGUAAUUCUUUUUUUUUUUCUUUUGUCAGUUGUUUUUCAAAUAUUGGUUCAUAUGAGCAAAUCUCUCUAAACCCCUGGUAAUGUUGUUUUAAAAGUUUUCUAAAUUAUUUGUGACAAAGAUCUGUUCUUAUGUAAUUUAAACUUUUCUGAGUUUGAAUAUUUUUACUAUGGUUUAUGUUAAAAGAUAAACAAAAUGUCCAGUAUACUUGUUAAUUGUUUUUUUUUUAUUUAUAUAUAUUUUGUGUUUAAAAUACAACAGAAAGGUGUAUGAAAAAAUUCAGAAUAGAAAAAACCAAAUUAUUUUUUACUUUUGUGUCAAGAGUACUUAUUAUCUUUAAGGCAAUCAGUUGCCACAAAUAUUUUAAGUUUGGAGUGAAAUGAUUUUGAGUUGUAACAAGUCUAUGCUUUUGAGUCAUGUUUAAUGAGAAGAUUGAAAGAAAAAACUAAUAAAUGUUAAGUUCAUUGAACCUAAAA